GUCAACAAAGACUCUUCUGAGGUGGCAUUUGAGUGAGCAGUGAGCAAGUGGCCUGUGCAAGCUCUGGGUCACCAGCAUCCUCAAGAGAUGGAGCAAAUCAAAGGCAGAUACCUCGCCAACUCUGAUCAUUCUUUUGUUUGUUUAUUUUCAAGGUCAGGUUUCCCUGUGUAACCUCGGCUGUCCAGGAACUCAUUCCAUAAACCAGGUUGGCCUGGAACUCAGUGAUCUGCCAGCUUCUGCCUCCCAAGUGCUGGGUUUAAGGCAGGUUGUCACAACUUUUCGGAUAAGGACGAAGAGAUGGCAUUCGAGAGCACUAUGAACCUCUCUGAUAUUUACCACUCUGAUGAAGAGUAUUUCAGGAAACUCAAAGACCUAAAGGCUGUCCAUGAAGAAGCCAUGUCAAAAUUAGAGAAAAUGUACCAGGACAAGCUAAAUAUAAAAGACAUCCAGGCGGUGUUCAUCCGGGAUGCGAUCAGGGGUGCGUCUUCGAGUUCUGCAUCAGAAAAGAGCUGCUCACAUCCUGCCUUGUCAGUGACCUCACUUUCAGAGCCUGACCUAGACGGGUCGUCGUCCUUGUCUACAACUACUGACGAGGAGUUGCCCGACCUAGCGAAAGAGACUCCCGGGAAAAGCAGCGCAAUGGCCCAUGCCCAGGAGCUCAUAAACAACAUGUGGAACGACUUUUCUGUUGAAGAUUAUAUUCAGUAUGACUCAGACCCCCAAAUGGCUAAGAAAAAGAGGAAGAAACCUAAAUCCUUGACACCCAAGAUUACAGUGCCUGUACCCUUUGAAAUGACGGUAAGAGAGCAGAAUCGGAGAGAGAAGGCCUUGAAUGCUCGGUCAGAUCUGGAAACGAAGCAGAAGCUGCUCAAGAAGGACGAGGACGAUGCAGAGUGUAAGAAGAAAUUCCGAGCCAACCCUGCUCCUUCCUGCGUGCUCCUUCCCCUUUAUGAGGAUCUAGUCAAGCAGAACGAGGAGCGUCGGAAGAGGGCCCGGGAGAAGAACAGAGCUGCGCUCCUGGCCUCCCAGAAGCCCUUUAAGUUCAUUGCGAGGGAGGAGCAGAAGCAAGCAGUCCGCGAGAAGAAGCUGAGAGACCUUUUUAGGGCUAAAAGGAAAACACAUCAGUUUAAAGCCAGACCUGUGCCUCGUUUUAUUUACAGGCCAAAGGAAGAAGAGCUCUAUGGAGACAGCAGGAUGCAGCCAAAGGCCAGAGAUCUGUUACAGAAUUCGCCUUGGCCCAGUCGGUCAGCUUGCAGACGGUUCAGGGAUACCAGAAGUCCUGCAAAGCCCAGGGGUAAACACAGGCGUAGGUGCCUGAGGCCUGAUGGAGACUUAGGACACUGGAGGGAAUCCUUCUCUGAAUACAGCUUUCUGAAAAGCCCAGUGCUUUGGGAACAGUAUUGUCUUCACGAAUCCCCUUGUGACUCCGACAAAAGACAGAAAGUCUUGGCAAACAUCAGAGCAGAUGAAGAAAAUUUGAGAGAAACACGCAGGCCGGGUCUGUCUCCUAGGCGUAAGUCACCGGGAAGAAGCUCGUAUCCGAAGCCCAGGCCUCGUGAAUGCAGCCCACCGAUGCCCACCGCGUCUUCCCGAGGGCGGGAGCAAGCCAUCAGAAGGAGCGAAAAGGCCAGGAUGAGAGAAUAUUGGCAAGAACUGGAGGAACAAGAGGAAAAACUGCAGAAGAGGCCGAUGUUGUUUGAAAGAGUCACCCAGGUUGUGUUUAUUGGUUAGGGCCAUUACCAGCUUCCUGUUUCUCAGUACUGCAGGCCUCCACCUGUGUGCUCCGUCUUGCGGUGUCCUACAACUGCUGAGACGUGCUGUUUCUGGGGCUGCUUCAUCCAGUCCACCAAGGAAGUAAUUUCACUUAAGAUGUGAUAAGGCUUGUAGUUCAAUAAAGAACAUGUCACUAACCCC